GGAGGAGGAGUCGGUCUGUCCGCCAUGGAGGACGAGCUUUACCUGGAGAACAUCGACGAGUUCGUCACGGACCAGAACCGAGUCGUGACAUACAAAUGGCUGAGCUACACGCUAGGUGUUCAUGUCAACCAAGCGAAGCAGAUGCUGUAUGACUAUGUGGAAAGAAAGCGAAAGGAGAAUUCAGGAGCCCAGCUGCAUGUCAUCUACCUAGUGGCAGGAAACCUUGUUCAGAACGGCCACACGUGCCACAAGGUCGCAGUAGUGAGAGAAGACCAGCUAGAAGCAAUGAAGGCGAAGCUGUCCACCGUGGCCAGCGUGCACGUCUACAGCAUCCAGAAAGCCAUGCUGAAGGACAGCAGUCCCCUGUACAACACUGACUAUGACAUCGUCAAGGCUAACCUUCAGAACUGCAGCAAGUUCAGUGCUAUUCACUGUGCUGCUGCCAUUGCCCGGACGGCAGCCGAAAUGUCCCAGGCUGAGACUCCUGUGCAAGUGGAUUUGCAGCUCGCACUUGGUGCAAAUGCCAGCACGGCUCCUGGGACCAACGGUCAUGCCCCACGCGCUGCCUCAAAGCAGACCUCCCAGCAGGCCAAGGGCAUUAUGGGAAUGUUUGCCACGAAAUCUGUUGCCAAAUCCCAGGACGUGCACAAGGAAGCCAAAACGGAGGCUAAAGAAACACCCAGUGCUUCAGCUGCAAGCAGCAAGCCAGUUGCUAAAGGAAAUGUGCUGAACAACUUCUUUGGAAAAGCUGCUAUGAAUAAGGAUUGCAAAGCCAACACUGAGCCUGAAGAGCAGAAGGAAGAAAAAGCAACCGCUAAACCUCCCGUUUCUUCAGUGGAACCGAAAUCGCCUCCUGAGACAGCCGGGCCCAAGAAACCAGGCAAGAAAGCCGAGGCUGCCAAAGCCCCGCAAAAGGAAAAGAAAAGAGCAAAGAGGGCAGAGAUGUCGGAUGAGGAGAAAGAGGCUGACGGCCUGAAGCGGAAGAGGCGUCGGGUCAAGCGCCCUCAUUCCGACAGCAGCGAAGAUGAGGAUGUUCCAGCCUCGUCCAUAACUCCUGAAGCAAAAGAACUUUCUCCUGAGCCGGUCCUGAAGGCACAGAUAGACUUUGUGCCCAUGGAGGCUUUAACAAGAGGGAAGAAGCGGAAACGGAAGCGAGUGCUGAAGUCGAAAACUUUCAUCGAUGAGGAAGGCUGUAUAGUUACUGAAAAGGUUUACGAGAGCGAGUCCUGUACAGACAGCGAAGAGGACUUCCGGUCCAAGCCCCCUGCAGCCCACAAGCCCCCUGCCGGGACCGCGAAGAAGGAGCCCAGAGAGGACAAGAAACCCACAAAGAAGGGGCCAGCUGCAGCCAAGGCCAACAAGCAAGCAUCUAUCAUGGGCUUUUUCCAGAAGAAGUGA